AUGCCGCUGCUGCUGCUGCUGCUCUCUGGGCUGCUGCCCCAUCUCUCCUGCAGGGUUCGGAAGGCAAAGUGCCCCUUCAAUAUGAUCAGUGAUCGAAGAAUCCCCCUGAACUAUUACAGGCCAGGAGACCUGGCCAUUGGUGGAAUCACUUCUACAGCAAAAGCUGUGCUUGAGUCAUACGUUUUCUCCAAGCCUCCCUCUACCAGUCUUCUUGCUAUACGUGGGCUGGUAUAUUCAGACCUCCUGCCCUUCGCGUUUGCUAUUGAGAAAAUCAGUAAACAACCCAGGCUCCUACCCAACAUCUCUCUGGGGUACAAUGUCUAUGAGAACUAUUUGAAUGCACGAAUUACUUAUGAUGGAGUGGUAGAUCUGCUCUCAGGUGGACAGAUGAAUGUUCCAAACUACAGAUGUGGAAGACAAAGUAAUAUCUUGGCUGUUCUUGAUGGGGCCGAAUCUGUAACCUCCCACCAGAUUUCAACCAUCUUAAGCAUUUACAAAAUACCUCAGAUCAGCUAUGGGUUUGUUAAUCAUGUGCUCAAAGAUGAAGCUCAGCUGCCUUUUUUCUACCGGAUGGGCCCAAAGCAAGAUUUAUAUUUCAUGGGGAUUGUCAAGAUGCUGCUGCAUUUCAGAUGGACGUGGAUCGGUCUCCUUGCUCCAGACAGUGACAAAGGAGAAAGAUUCCUGAGGACCUUGUCCCCUUUGAUUGUCAAGAGUGGGAUUUGUAUUGCCUUCAAGGAAAGCAUCCCAGAAUUGAAUCUCAAAAGCAAUAAGUUAAGAUUCUGGAUUUAUUCAUUUUUCAUGCAGAGAAACUUUAGUGUAGUCGUUUACUAUGGGGACUCUCACUCCAUGAUUAUUCUGGGAUCAAUGAUCACAUUUGCUGAAAAAACAAAACAAUUCAUUGUGGGGAAAGUUUGGAUCACAGCAGUCUUGCAUGAUCUCAGCUUGAGGUUCUUUCUCGACUAUUUUGAUAAACCUCACAUCCAUGGUUCUUUUUCCUUUUUGAUCCAGAAAAACACAAAAACCAAAUAUGACAAUUUGAAGUCCUUUCUCUCUACCCUCAGUAAAAUUGGAAAGGGAGCAUUUCGUUGUUCAUAUUCAAACCAUGUACUGUCUGUGAAAGGCGGGAGUAGAUGCAGAGAGAAAGAGGGAUUACAGCCACCAUCCCAAGCUGAGCUAGAAAGUAUCCUGUCUCAAGACAGCUACAGCAUUUACAACUCGAUCCAGGUGGUGGCACAUGCCUUGAAUGUGGCCUACUUAUCCCGAUCCAAUCGGAUGUCAAGUGGAGGCUGGCUGGGACUCCAGAAGUUGAAGCCAUGGCAGCUUCAUCCUUUCCUCAGAAACUUCCAGCAUUUCAAUACUUCAAUGGAAGGAGUUUAUUUUGAUGAGAAUGGAGACAUGGCAGUCAACUUUGAUAUCGUGAACUGGGUGGUGGCAUGCAAUCAAUCAAUUGUUAGAGUUAACGUUGGGAGAGUAGAGAGACAAUCAUCUGCAGAGAUCAAGUUCACCAUCGAUCAGGAUGCCAUUGUGUGGCCCAGAUGGUUUAAUGAGACCCUGCCUCCUUCUUGGUGCACCGACAGCUGUCCACCUGGAUACGCCAAGGCGAUUAAGGAAGGAGAACCUCUCUGCUGCUAUGAUUGUGUUCCAUGUGCGGAAGGGACAAUCUCCACUUCGGAAGAUGCAAGUCAUUGUGAUAAAUGUCCCGAAGAUCAGCAUCCAAACCAGAUCCGAGACCAAUGUGUUCCCAAGCAUAUAAUCUUCCUGUCCUAUAAAGAACUUUUGGGGAUCAUCCUAAAUGUCGUUACUCUUUUCUUCACACUAAUUACAAGUUUUGUUUUGGGAAUCUUCAUUAACUACUUAAAGACUCCCAUUGUCAAAGCCAACAAUCGGGACCUCUCCUACCUUCUCCUCAUUUCCCUCCUCCUUUCAUUUCUCUCCUCUUUUCUCUUUAUUGGUCAGCCCGGGAAGGUGACCUGCCUUCUCCGACAAACUGCCUUCAACAUCAUCUUCUCCAUCGCCGUCUCUUCUGUGUUGGCCAAGACUGUCACUGUGGUGGUGGCCUUCAUGGCCUCAAAGCCAAGUAGCAGGAUGAGGAAAUGGGCGGGGAAGAGCUUGGCCAACUCCAUUGUGUUUUCCUGUUCCGGUAUUCAAGUGGGCAUCUGCACUCUCUGGCUGGUCAUCUCUCCCCCCUUCCCAGAGGCUGAGAUGCACUCCCAGCAUGGACAGAUCGUCCUGCAAUGUAAUGAAGGGUCUGUCGCCAUGUUUUAUGCUGCCCUUGGCUACAUGGGCUUUCUGGCUGCUGUGUCCUUCACGGUAGCUUUCAUGGCCAGGAAGCUGCCUGGGGCGUUCAAUGAAGCCAAGCUGAUCACCUUCAGCAUGUUGGAGCUUUUUCCUAACAUCACCUUUGAAGAUAAUUGCAUGAACAUCAGAAUCAAGAAGAGCGCUCAGCGCAUGGUGAUUUGUCGAAUGGAAUUUGAAACAGCUGGUGCAUAA